AUGUUGCCGCUUUACUCGGCAGCCAGCAGCAGGCUGCUAGUCUUCGUCGUAAACCUGUUUCUUGCUAUCACGGUCGGUGCAGCCCCAACACCCGAGCCAGGGCCCCUCGGCAACCUCGGGGCGGUGUUCAGCAAAGACGUCAACCUCACCGAGAUCAUCAAUACGGGCAUAACUACGCUUGCAGAGCUGCUCACCGCCCUGAAAUCGGGCGAGACCAACCAGAAUGGCCUGUGGGGCAUCAUCAACAUCAACAACAUCACCUCGCACCUGCACGACGACGACAAUGCGAACAACAGAACCAGCAAUUUCCUCUCCACCAUCAAGGGACACACGCCACACGCCGUGUGUCCGGGCGUAGCUGUUCUCUUCGCCCGCGGCACCAAGGAACCCGGUAACAUGGGCUUCCUCGCCGGCCCGCCCUUCGUCACCGCGCUGCAGCACUACGCGAACGGCUCGUCGCUGGCGGUCCAGGGCGUCGACUAUCCCGCCACCGCUCGCGGGUUCAAGGCCGGCGGGUCGCCCGAGGGGGCGGAAACCAUGGCAGCCCUGGCCAACGCGACGAGGGAGGCGUGUCCGGGUGCCAAGGUGGUGCUGGCGGGCUAUUCGCAGGGGGCGCAGGUCGUGAGGAGGGCGUGCGGGUUUCUGGGGGAUGACGCGGCGGGCCGGCUGAGCUCGGUAGUACUGUUCGGCGACCCGGGCAACGGCACCGCGGUGCCCGGUGUGGCGGCGGACAGGAUCUUCACGGCGUGCCACGACGGGGACGCGGUAUGCAAGGGUGGUUCGGUGGUCCGCCCACAACAUCUGAACUACAGCGGAGACGCGCCGGCGGCGGCCUUGUUUGUCAUGGCCAAGACGGGUCUGGGCAUGGGAAGUGGUGACGCCGUGCUUGACGGCAUGGGGGAUAUCCCGAUGAUGAAUUCAACAGCACAGCAAGGAAUUGGGGAGAUGGUGGUGGGCGAUCUCGGAAGUGACAAAGGUGAUAGCCAAGGCGUGUUAGGGCUGGGUUAG